CUCUCUCACUCUGGUCAUUUCACACACCGCUCUGGGAUAGGAAGGAAAGUUCUCCUCUUUUGUUUACUUUUCUCUCGUGUUAAGAGCCUACAGAUUGGGAGACUCAUUUAGACGGGCUGUCUCUGUUUCUCCUUGAAUUCUUUCAUUCUUUUCAUUCUUCUUAUCUAUCUGUGAGAGUCUGUUGUAGUUACUCAAGGGUCAGUGCCUGUGCCCAGUUCCUCAGGGAAACCUCGUGGAAACCAGGAACUUCUCCAGCAUCAAAGGUCCUGCAGCCAAGAACGCAGUCCAACUGUGAAGGAAAGAAGAGAAAAGAGUCAAAAAAGCCUCUUCAUCUCCAUCCAACCAUGUUUUCCUUCAUCAAAAGAGCGUGAGCUACUGAGUUGGCGCUUUCUCUUGACCACAGGUGGCCUUUCCUUUUGCUCUCGCUGCCAUGAGGUUUGCCAGAGGUGGUUGGCAUUUGGCACUGCUGCUGGCGUCGCUUGGCCUGGUGAGUUCCGGAAACGGGAACGGUCAGGGGAGACGCGGAGGAGGCGAGAGGCGGAGAAAGCUUCACCGGGUGCAGCACGGCCAGUGCAGCUACACCUUCAUCCUUCCGGAGAUGGAGAGCUGUCAAGGUGGAGUGGACCAGACCAGCGUGGUUCAGCGUGACUCCCCGCCGGCGGACGGUGAGUGGUCCGCUCAGAAGCUGCAUCAUCUGGAGACGGCCAUGGAAAACAACACACAGUGGCUGCAGAAGUUAGAAAACUACAUCCAGCAGAAGACGGGGAUGGUGCAUAUUCAAGCUGAUGCUGUCCAUAACCAGACGGCCACUAUGCUGGAGAUCGGUACCAAUCUGCUCAGCCAGACCGCUGCGCAAACCAGAAAACUCAAUGUGGUUGAGGCCAAGGUUCUGAACCAGACAUCAAGAAUUGCAAUUCAGUUAUUAGAGAAUUCACUGUCAACAAACAAACUGGAGAAGGAACUCUUAACGCAGAUUUCAGAAAUCUCAAAACUUCGCGACAAGAACAGUCGUUUGGAGAGUAAGGUCUUAGUCCUGGAGUCGCAGCAGAGGACAGAGUUGGAGGACAUGAGGAAGGAGAAAGAGCGACUGCAGGACCUGGUGAAGAAACAGACAGCCGCCAUUACGGCUCUGGAGAGACAGCUGAGAGCGGCCAGCAGCAACAACUCAGCCCUGCAAAGACAGCAUCAGCAGCUCAUGAAGUCUGUGCACACGCUUAUUGGCAUGGUGUCUUCUGGGACAGGCUUCUCACCAAACGAGCAGCGCUUCCGAGACUGUGCCGAGGCCUAUAAAUCUGGUCACAACACCAGUGGAGUCUACCACAUUUACAUCGGAGACAUGACGGAGCCAACCAAGGUCUUUUGUGAUAUGGUGACAAGUGGAGGUGGCUGGACAGUAUUCCAGCGCAGAGCUAAUGGAAGUGUGAACUUCCAGAAAGGCUGGAAAGAAUACAAACUGGGAUUUGGUGAUCCUAGUGGAGAGCACUGGUUGGGUAAUGAAGCCGUUCACCUGAUCACCAGUCAAGCCCAGUACUCCCUCCGAGUGGAACUUAAGGACUGGGAGGAGAACAGGGCCUAUGCACUGUAUGACAAAUUUCAGCUGGCCAGUGAAAAACAGCAGUACAGACUCUCAAUAGGGAGCUACAGCGGAACAUCAGGACAGCAAAGUAGCUUAGCAGCAAACGGCACAGGCUUCAGCACUCGUGACGCUGACAAUGAUAAGUGCGUUUGCAAGUGCGCCCUCAUGAUGACCGGAGGCUGGUGGUUUGAUGCUUGCGGUCUGUCCAACCUUAAUGGAAUCUACUACACCGUGGGUCACAACAUCCGCAAGCUCAAUGGCAUUAAGUGGCAUCACUUCCGAGGACCCAGCUAUUCGCUCCAGUCCACUUCAAUGAUGAUCCGACCAGCUGAUUUCUGACGUGAAUGAAGCUUGUCAUGUUGUCUGAAUGACAGGACUUCAAGCAGCUUGCUUUAGGACAUAAAAGCAACGAGGUAGAGACAGAUAAAGAUGUCAUUUAAUGGAUGAAUGGUGAAGAAUGGAGCUGGAGCGGAUAAAAAAGCGAUCGGACUGAAAAUUCAGCUUCAUUCCAAAAAUCUUUUUACACAUGCAAACAUGCUUCACCUUCACAGCUGAAUUCAUGUGUCGCUCAUAACCCAAAACAUUCUCAAUGAUGGCCAUGGCGACUUUCGUUGUACUCUCAUGGAACAUUGUUUGUGGCAUGAAAAAAUUCCAAAGGAAUACCUUUCGAACUUUACGAGACUAAAGGCUCACGAGCCUCACUAGAUUCCAGAACUGUUCUGGAUGUUCCAGAGGAAUAUCAGAGGCUCCUUCAUGUCUGAGAGGUUUUAUACUAUUUUGUAAAAGAUAAUAGCUGUUAACUACUUAGCGAGGUAGUUGACUAAGUAGAUACACUACUGUUGAAAAGUUUGGGGUUGGUAAGAAUUUUUUUUUUUUAAAGAAAAUGCUCACUAGGGCUGCAUUUAUUUGAUAAACAAUGUAAUAAAAUAGCAAUAUUUUGAAAUAUUAUUUCAAUUUUAAAUAGCUGUUUUCUAUUUGAAUGUCAUUUAAAAUAUAAUUUAUUCCUUGUGAUGCAAAGCUGAAUUUUCAGCAUAAUUUACUCCAGUCUUCAGUGUCACAUGAUCCUUCAGAAAUCAUUCUAAUAUGCUGAUUUGCUGCUCAAGAAACAUUUAUUAUUAUUAUCAAUGUUGAAAACAGUUGUGCUGCUUAAUAUUUUUGUGGAAACCAUGAUACUAUUUUUUUUUUUUUUUCAGGAUUCUUUGAUAAAUAAAAAAGUUCAAAAGAACUGCAUUUAUUUGAAUAUGUAUAUAUUAUUGACCCCAAACUUUUGAACUGUAAUGUAGCUAACUAGCAAGACAACUAGUCAGAUAGAUAGAGACAUUGCAUCAUUUUGUGUGUAUUUUUAAUAACUGGAUAUUUUAUAUAUUUUGCAUCUUUCUUUUUUAAGUGCUCAUUAGGCCCGAAACGUUCUCUACACAGGUAUGUGAACACAAACGCUUCUAGCUGCACAAGCUUUGGCCGUCGUUACAUUCUGAAAUGUGUUAGAACACAAUUUAAUAUGCAUCACAUUCUUAGCAUUGCUGUAAGGGGCACUUUAGUGGGCAUUAGCUUAAACGGCCUUGCUUACUGUCUUGGCAGAGCAACAGUUUAAAGAAAAUCUUGCUUGGCAAGUUAUUUGUAUUUGGCAUGAUUUGAAGGUAACUCUAAUGCCCUCUUGAGUACAGAGGUUUGUUUAAAGCAAUGCAAAAUCAAUGUGUUGCAUUUGUGUAAUUACAUAAAGGGUGUUGUUGUACCCAUGCGAUUUUUAUGUUUUAUUUGUAAGAGAAAGAUACUAUAUUUUGUUUACUGGUGUUCCAUGUAACCUGAUGUUCCCAUUUGAAAAAUAUAUCAUUUUUUUUUAGGAGGAUGCACUUUAAGGAGCUCAGUACGAGGAUCGUGGUUAGACAGCAGAUACGCUGAUAGAAGUUGACUGUUCCUACAACUGUACAAUAUGAACAAUGCUAUUAGUUGCUGCUGUGGUAUAUACAUGAAUACAUUCUGAGCAUAACCCUUUCAACAUGCAUUAUUACCUUCUGACCAUGAACCUUUCAUCACAUAUCAUUGCUGUUUGAUAAUAAACCCUUCAGAUCAGUUCUGGAGUCAAACUGGAUAACAGCUUUUCAACAGGUCCAGGUUUAUUUUACUCUCCUGAACAAGAAGUUGAAGACGCCAAAGGCUUUCCUGUCUUUUUGUGGUUCAGACUUCCUAGUUCAUAGUGUUUUUAUUUAACUAAAAUUCCAUUUUUCUGCCAAGAACAGCAGGAGCAUAUGAAAGACAUUCCCCCUUGAUCACUCUUUAUUCGCUUUGUAAAAAUGUCAAUUUGUCAUGUCAUAUUAAUUCUUUUUUGUUUCGUUUUGUUUUAAGAGGUCUACAUGAGCAAUAAAGUGCUUCUUAUAUA